CACGUGUCUUCUACUUAAGUACUGAAUAAAUUUGCCACCUCUGUUUUUGUUGUUGCUUGUUUGUUUUUCCGUUGUAUAGGAUCUCCUGCGACUGAAUUGCAAUGUCAUUAGGAAAUAAAUCAUCCACGCCGCUUAGUUAAGAGAUGACCACGGCUCUCUUACCUCCACGAUGAGAAAUGUGCUUGCUGUGGAACCUCUCUCUCUUCUUGCGGUGCAGUAGCGUUGGACAUUUGAGCAGCAGCGCGGAGGGAACAGCAAAUGACUCUCAACCCGCCGCAAAGUUUAACAGAUGUUCUGCAGCAGUGGGACUGUCUGGAAGAAGAGUAUCAGCAUGCUCAGGAGACACAUAGGAUGUACCUACAAAAACUGGAUGAAAUUUCCAAACUGCAAAAGAGCUGCUCUUCCUCCAUUUGCCUUCAACGAAUACGGCUCAAGGGGAUGCACGCCCUGGUGAAAAGGUGCAGCAAAGGACUGUCGGAGGAAGAUGCCCUUGAUGAAAUAAAAGAGAAAAUAAAGAUGCAAACCAAUGCUUUCUUUGAAAUGGAAGCCUUCCUCCCCAAGAAAAAUGGGCUGUACCUCAGUCUGGUUCUCGGAAAUGUGAAUGUCACUCUGCUCAGCAAACAGUUAAAAUUUGCCUACAAAGACGAAUAUGAGAAGUUCAAGCUGUACCUCACUGUUGUGCUGCUGCUGUUUUCCUUUACAUGCUUUUUCUUUGUGAGCUACAGAUUCCUUGAUGCUAUUCUCAACUUCCUGCUGGUGUGGUAUUACUGCACAUUAACAAUCAGGGAAAGUAUCCUCAUCACCAAUGGCUCCAGAAUCAAAGGCUGGUGGGUUUUCCAUCAUUACAUCUCAGCUUUUUUGUCUGGUGUAAUGCUGACAUGGCCAGAUGGCAACUUGUACAAGAUAUUCAGGAACCAGUUCCUGGCUUACUCCCUCUAUCAAAGUUUUGUUCAAUGUCUACAGUGUUAUUAUCAGAGUGGAUGUCUAUACAGACUCAGAGCCCUGGGAGAAAGACACAACAUGGACCUUACUGUAGAGGGAUUUCAGUCCUGGAUGUGGAAAGGGCUGACAUUUCUUUUGCCCUUCCUGUUUUUCGGUCACUUCUGGCAGCUCUUCAAUAGUCUCUCUCUCUUCAGAAUGGCUCAGCUCCCAGACUGCAAAGAAUGGCAGGUCUUGGUGUGCAGCCUCUGCUUCUUUAUUCUGUUCAUGGGUAACUUCUUCACUACUCUUGCUGUGGUCUAUCAGAAGCUCGAAAGGAGGAAUCAGAAAACGAAGAUCCUGUGAUACAAACUGUAUUAGUGGCUGUUCAAGUCUUUUAGUCAAUCAAUGUAAUCAAGUCUGACUUCUAUAGAACUGAAAGUCAUAUGCCAUGAAAAUAUAGAUUCGUGUAUUAGAAAGCUCAGUAUGUUUUUUUGCGAUCAAUGUUUGAGACUUGCUUUUUAUAUGCAUUGACCUUUUAUCUAAUGAUAUUUUUAAUACAUAUUUGUUUAUCACAUUUCUCAAGGUUAAUAUACUACUAUGUAUUUGUGUGUACUUUAAUUUGUUUUGUUGUGUCUGUUGAAUAAUGUAGAUAUACAUCACAUUAUUGUGUGUACGUAUUUUAUUUAGUGGUAGAAAGUAACCAAGUACAAAUACUUUGUGUCUGUAGAUCUUUAUAUUAUAUAGAUUUAUGACUGAAAUAGUGGGGACAACGUCGAACUUCAACUGGCAUCUUGAAAGAAAACAAACACAGGUAAGCUCACGUUAACUGUAACACCAACGAAUCCAAAUUUGUCUUUUUAAGAUGAAUAUUUUAAGAAUGAGGUUUUAAUUCCACCUUAAAUUGCCGUUGUUAUGAGACCUCAGUGUACACGUUUACGUCACAAAUCACUGCAGUCUCUUAUGUUUCUUAAUUGCAACCAAGAUCCUCUUUAAACCUUCAUUUUUAAAUACAUGCAAUGAUUUUUAUUUUUAUUUUUUUGCAAAAAUUUCGUCACAAUUUUUUUUAAGAUUUUAGAUUUUUGCAUUUUGUGCUUUGAAAGAGUUGCAGACACCAUGUUGUUGGCUGUGAAAUGUAUUUAAAAGAAAAUUCAAAUUAAAAAGAGAAUGCUCUUUAACUGCUCAA